AUGGAGAGACCGUUGGAAUAUGAAAAGGAUGAUAUUUUACCUAUGGAGCUCCAAAAUUUACUCCCUAGGCUGGAAGCAACUGUAACAGAUUUGAAACUUGCACAUAAGUUGGAUGUGGUUAAAAUACGGCAGCAAUUGCAAUGGAUACAUGACACUAUUAUUAUCAUACAGUCUACAUUAGCAAAUGGUCUUUUUCCUAGUGACUUUAAAGAAUAUCAAGAAAUGCACAAGUAUAUGAACGCCAUACUGGAAAGGAAGGUGGAACUGUUCAAAUUCAUUAAUUGCAUUAAUGAGGUUGAACCAGUACUUUCACAUAUAUUGGAUCUUUUGGAAGAGGACCUGAGUGCCACCCCGAAAGGAAAUGUGGAUUUCGAUUUAUUAUUUGAUUUGAUUGAAAAUUGCACGCAUGAAAGUAACUUCCUAACGCCCAAUCUAAAACAAUUGAAGGAGUGUAUAGAUGCUGCAAUGGAAUUUAAUGAGAUAUCAAGGGAUCAUAUGGAUACUUUGGAUGAUUUGAUAAAUAAGAAUGUAGAAAAAUGUUUCGAAAUCCAAGAGCUGAAGUUUUCUUCACCUGUACGUCAUACGCCGAAUUUUACACUGGAUCAAUUGAUAAAAUUGUUAUCAAGCAAUAAUAAUACAACAGAUACGAUGGAACCUAAGAUUCCCAAUUUUUCACCUGUGGAAGAGUCAUUAUCAAGAAAAUUUCUCAUAUUGAAAAGAAAUAUUCCACCCAUUGAACAGAGCUUAACUGAAAUAUUACCUCAGAGAAUUGAACAAUUUUGUGGGAGAAACAUAAUUAAUAUUAAUCUUUUAGCAGAUUUUCUACAAUUGAAAUAUAAAAGAAUUAUGAAAAAUUUUAGGUUUAUGAUGAAUGAGAUUAAAGAUUUGAAAAUCGAAUUGAUCGAUAAAAGGUGGAAUAUAUUGUUCAUCAAUCUGAAUAAUGAGCUCGAAUACAUUAUUGAGGAGGUACGUCUCCUCUUGAAAAAGAUAAAUGAAAACGAUGAUCUAGCGCAAACGAUAAAGGACCGUUUUAAUUCUCAGCUUGCGAAAAAAUCUAAGAUCAUUACAAAAACAUUUAAUAUCAUUUAUAGAGCGUUAGAGUUUUCAUUGUUAGAUGCGGGCAUUGCAUUGAAGACUAAUGAAUUGGCCAAGGUAUGGGUAGAUCUUAGACCCAAAUCAGAUGAAAUUUUAUUACAUAUUAAAAAGUUCGAUCAAAGCAAUUCCAGCCGAGUUGGUAGCAUAACAAGACAGAGUAAUGAAUCGAAAGAGGUUGAGGAUAAUGAGGUAGAUCCAAUAACUGAAGCCAUUGGGAACCUAUCUAUCAAUCCUGACCUAAGUCCUACCAAACAGAAAAGAAAGAAGUUUGGGGCUGUAUUAUUAAGAAAGAUGAAUAUUAGACCGAUGGCAACCUUGUCUCCCACUACUGACGAUGAGCAUAACCCCUUCUUCGACACAUCUUCUCCCACCGCAUUAAAAGAUGGAGCAGCGGUAAGUCAAUUGGUAUUGAAAGAUGUUCCACCUUUAAUAUACCCAAAAUCAGGGCAAUUUACAGAUGAAGAGGACCGGGCAUUGGAUAGUUCUCCUUUGAAGCCAUUUGAGUAUUCUCCGACUCCUAUCAUGUCUAUUUCUAAGGAACCAUCAACCAUGACAGAAACUGAAACAGACCCUGACUUUACCCCAGAGAAGCACCCACCAGUGAUCGCACUUGAACAAUUGGAAGCUGAAAAGAUAAAAUUUUACGCUUCAAAAAAAUCAUUAAUUCCAUCAUCUAAAGAGAAAACUUCUAAGACAAUAAUAGAACAGUCAUUAACGUCUAUAUCAAGCCCCAUUUCAAACAAGUACUGGGCACCGACCUCGGCAAAAAGGGGGAGAUUGGCGACCCCAACACCAGUUUCUCGAUUGUUAGUAUCCAUUCCCAACCAUCGUAGACUCACGCCAUUAAGAAGGCAUGAAUGA